UCAAAAUGCCAACCUAAUGUCUGUAAGCGCUAAAGUGUUAUUUUGCGUUUUGUUGCGACGUUCACGCGAUAUCGAUUGAUCCACCCGCGGGGGUGGAGACGGUCCGCACAAGGACUGCUGCAGUGCGUUGCUAAUUGGGUGUAGUCCCAAGCAGUGGCGGGUGCCAUGGAAUAUGAGUACAUGUUGAUGCGAAAUGAAAAGGAAACGCAAAACCGCUACUUCGGAGGCCGUGUUUGGUGCGUUCAGGACAUUUGUGGCAUCAUAUGCGCCGUCUUAACGUGGAGUUUGAUAUUGUACGCGGAGUUCGUCGUCACAAUGGUGAUCCUUGUGCCGAAUCCUUAUAAAGCAUACAGGUACAUUAAUUUUAUCAUCUUUAACACUGCAUCGUUCCUUGCGUUUGCAUCCCACCUGCGGACAAUGCUGUCUGAUCCGGGUGCUGUUCCGAAAGGGAACGCCACGAAGGAGAUGAUCCAGCUGCUCGGCUAUCAGGAGGGGCAGGUGUUUUUCAAGUGCCCAAAAUGUUGCAGUAUUAAGCCAGAACGAGCCCAUCACUGCUCGGUAUGCCAGCGCUGCAUACGUAAAAUGGACCACCACUGUCCGUGGAUCAACAAUUGCGUCGGGGAGAACAAUCAGAAGUUUUUUGUACUUUUCACGUUUUACAUAGCGUUUAUCUCCAUCCAUUCGAUCUUCUUGGCGGUCAACCAGUUCUGUCUGUGCAUCAAGAAUGAGUGGAGGGAAUGCUCGAACUACUCGCCACCGGCGACGGUAAUACUGCUGCUGUUCCUCAUACUGGAAGCGCUCCUGUUUGCGGUCUUCACCAUGAUCAUGCUCGGCACCCAGCUGAAUGCAAUCUGGACCGAUGAAACGGGUAUAGAGCAGCUGAAGAAAGAGGAAGCCCGGUGGGUGAAAAAAUCUCGCUGGAAAAGCUUUCAGGCCGUGUUCGGUAACUUUUCGCUAUCAUGGUUUUCACCAUUCACUCAGCCGCUUCGAGCCAAGCAUGGUAAUUAUUUAUAUUCAGUCUAAUAAAAACAAAAACAGUAA